CCAGUAUGGCCACACGACUGAGGCCAGCCUUUAAGAAAUGCACUGUGAUAGGUGGCUCGGGGUUCCUGGGUCAGCACCUGGUGGAGCGCCUCCUGGAGAAAGGCUACUCGGUCAAUGUGUUUGAUAUCCGGAAAGGCUUUGAGAACGACCAGGUGCAGUUCUUCCUGGGAGAUCUCUGCAGCAAAGAGGAUCUGCUUCCAGCUUUACAAGGGGUAACUGUGGUAUUUCACUGUGCGUCGCCAGCCCCUUCCAGCGACAACCAAGAGCUUUUCUACAAGGUCAAUUACUUGGGGACAAAAGCAGUUAUUGAGGCUUGCAAAGAAGCUGGUGUCCAGAAACUGGUGUUGACCAGCAGUGCCAGUGUCGUCUUUGAGGGCACUGACAUCAAGAAUGGAACCGAAGAUCUCCCGUAUGCAAAGAAGCCAAUUGACUGCUAUACGGAAACCAAGAUUCUGCAGGAGAAGGAAGUCCUGAGUGCCAACGAUCCAGAGAGGACUUUCUUCACUGCCGCUAUUCGUCCCCAUGGCAUCUUUGGCCCGCGGGAUCCCCAGAUGGUUCCCAUCCUUGUCCAGGCAGCCCAGAGUGGCAAGAUGAAGUUCAUGAUUGGGGAUGGGAAGAACUUGGUGGAUUUUACCUUUGUGGAAAACGUGGUCCAUGGACACAUACUGGCUGCAGAGCAACUUCAGAGAGACUCUCCCCUCUGUGGAAAGGCUUUCCACAUCACGAACGAUGAGCCCGUCCCCUUCUGGGAAUUCAUGUCUCGGAUCCUCACAGGCCUGAAUUAUGAGGCUCCCAAGUACCGCAUCCCCUACUGGCUGGCUUAUUACCUGGCUGUCUUCCUGUCCCUGGUGGUGUCGCUGCUGAGCCCCCUCGUCACAAUCAAGCCCACUUUCACCCCCAUGCGGGUGGCGCUGGCUGGCACGUUCCACUACUACAGCUGUGAGCGGGCCAAGAGGGACAUGGGCUACAAGCCCCUGGUCAGCUUGGACGAAGCGGUGGCAAAGACCGUCAAGAGCUACCCGCAUCUCCGCCGUGCCAAGUAG